GAGCAAUGCCAAUGUCCUCCUGGUUACAUUGGUACUUCAUGUGAAGAUUGCGCUCCAGGCUAUUCAAGGACUGGCGGUGGAUUGUACUUGGGUCUUUGCGAACGUUGCGAAUGCCACGGUCAUGCAACUCAAUGUGACAAGGCAAGGGAGUACGGUUUCUGUAUUGACUGCCAGCACAACACCGAAGGAGACCAAUGCGAAAGAUGCAAACCUGGGUUCGUGGGAGAUGCACGUCGAGGAACUCCUCAUGACUGCCAACCGGCUGCAACACGACCUCCCUGCCAAUGUAACAACCACUCACCAAGAGGAUGCGAUUCAUUCGGAAGAUGUUUGCUCUGUGAACACAAUACCGAAGGAACGCAUUGCGAACGAUGUAAAAAAGGUUUCUAUGGAGAAGCCACUAAGGGUACACCUUAUGACUGUACACCUUGCCCGUGCCCUGGAGCAGCUGACUGCUAUCUCGACGCUCAAGGGCAGGUGGCUUGUAGAAAUUGCCCUGCAGGUCUCUAUGGACGAUUGUGUGACGAGUAA